AGUUUUUAGCUNAGGAUGGCGUAACAAGAGGAAAGACAGUCUGUAGCAUCAACAAACCAAUAUUCAAAAGCAACUCUAUGGUAAUCUUCAUCGUCUCCUAUGGUCACAACACCAACAGUGAUCUUGGUAGAAAGAUCGAAGUGACUGCGAACGCCUCCAGUGACAAUGAGCGUCACUCCCCUUCUAGUGAAGUCUACAAAAACAAAGACAUUGAUGUCAAGUACAGUGUUUUUAUUACAAUUGAAAGCUCCCUCAGCUACAACAAUUUCACAUUUGGAGAAAAUGCUGUUCAGAAACCACUUGAGCAAAAAAUAAAGGUUGCUAACACCAUGAGACCACUAAGUUUUACUGUAGUGAUCAAAGUUCCUGUAAAACUCGGUGAUAAAGACAUCUGGAUGGACACAAACAGCUUUCAGAUUCCAGGCUGUCAGAGCAGCGGAUAUGAAGAACCUAUUGUCACUGAUUUUGUUAAUACAAUAAAAGAAAAGAAAAUAUUGGACUGCACUGUAGCGAGGUGCAGAGUGUUCAGGUGCUCCAAGUUCAUGGAAAGGAACAAGGACACAACGUACACCAUCUCUGCAAACAUCAGCUCAGGAUGGAUAGAACAGAUCGGACUUUCAUCUGCCAAGUUCCUCCUGACCAGUACAGCCAGUCUAGAGUACGAUGAGAACCAGUACAUCUUCUUCUCUACAACCUCUAAUAGUGGCCCUCCUGUUCACCAGAUUGAAGCAGAGGUAGAAGUGUUUCCUAAACCAGAUUUCACUAAAGCGAUUAUAGGAGGAAUUGUGGGAGGGUUGCUCAUUCUGGUUUUACUUACUGCUGGUCUGUAUAAGGCUGGAUUUUUCAAAAGCAAAUACAAUGAGAUGAUUAAUGAAAAUGCAGGAUCCGAAGGAAACACAUUAGCAGAGGACUGAAAUUCCCUCUUACUUGUAAUGUCCAUCCAGUACAUUAGUAAUACUAGUUUCAACAACAAACAGUAGUAAAAUUUUUGCUGUUGUACACAGUAAAGGUAUGUAUACUGGUAAAAAUGUAGUAUUUCUUAAUUUUAAGGAAGUGUUAAGAAUACAUGAUCUCUUUUAAAAUGGCAACUGAAGACACAAAAGAGAGCUUGGCUGUACUGCUCACAGUUACUGGGGAUUUAAAGGGUUUAAUAAUGUCGAUAUGUAAAGGAUCUGAAACACAAAAUGUACUAUCCACAAAUGCAAUGUAAUGUUUCAGAAGCUUUACCAAUAGUGUCUUAAAAAUGACUGUUAUGAGUUUGCUUUGCACUUUGAAUAAAACCGUUUAUAUUUAAAUGUUUUAUCUUUACCAGGUGAUUUCAUGGUGGACAAAAGAAACUUAACGGUCAGGGAUUUUCAAAUAGAAUAACAACAUGCUUUAAGCUACUUGAAGGCUAAAACAGUGUCUGUGCUUGACAAAAGUAUGUAAAUAGCUUUAUGUAUAAAUAAAUAACAUAUGCAAGAUAAACAUGUUUCUUGUGCUGUGUUAUUGACAAAAAACAGAUAUUUUAUUUAAGAAAAUUAAAGAACAGAUAUUCUUUUCUUGUUCAUCUUUUGUUGUAUUAAUGUGUAAUAUUAUGCAUGGAAACAAAUAGCCAGACAUAUUUAAAUCUUUAAAGGCUGAUGAGAAACAUUUAUAAAUAUAACUGCUUGAUGGAUAAAAAUCCAACAAAAAUAAAUAUCACCCUGAUAUUGUAGAACUCUAAACUAUUGUAGCCCUGGGGUUUGAGAACCACAAGAAGUGGGGGUUUAUGUCUUUUGAUAGGUAACUGGGGUUAAGAAUGGGUAAGGGAGUUACAUAAAUGUAUAUUUCGGUGAUUUACCUAUUGUAGAGUACGGAGAGGGAUGAAUUCCUAUGUCUGAGAGUAACUGAGAUUUACGAGGGGGAGUGAAGUGUA